AACGCCGCCGCUAUAUAACCAGGGCUCCCACUACCUCUGCCGCAGCGUCCGGACAACCCGAGCUGUGGGAGCCGGGACUCCGUACCGGAGGGCAGGAUGCCCGCGACACGGGAAGAAGAACAUCAGAAAAGAAACGAGAGUUAGCCAAUUGUCCUUCAAGCUGCUCCACCAUUCAAUGAGACAAUGGUCCGUCCAAUCUGGACCUUGGCGCCACUUCCCCAAACUCUCCCCAUAUUCUCUGGACCCUUACAGUUCAAACAUCCAUCAGUCUCAUCAGAAAUAUAUUCAAUGAUUGCCUCCACAGCUCUCUGGGGUUUAGGAGAGCCCCAUCUCACAAUGUGAGGGAACAACAACUUUUGCUAAUCAUUUCAUUCUCGCAUAUCUGGUUAAACUUUUGUAGUCCUUUUAUGGUUCACUCUCGUAUUCUACUUUCUCCUUCCUUAUCAAUUCAUUUCGUGCUCCUUUACUGAAACUGGAAAUGUUUCAGUCUGUGGACAUGCCUCUUUUUCAGGCAAAAUUGGAAGCUGUUUCCUCUGAGGUAAAUUGAUUACAUCCUAUUGUGUAUUGACCAUAUCUAUGCCCCUCAUGAUUUUAUACACCUCUAUAAGAUCACCCCUCAUUCUUCUACGCUCCAAUGAAAACAGCCCCAACCUGCUCAACCUCUCUCCAUAUCUCACUCCCUCAGGUCCUGGCAACAUCCUUGUAAAUCUGUAUUAGGAGAGAUCAUUAAGCUGGAAAAACUGCAAAGGAAAUUUAUGAGAACAUUGCCAGGAGAGAAUAUUCCUCCUAGGAUGAAUGCACACAGUCUUCUUCCCAGGGAAAGGGAAUCUAAAACUGGAAGGCAUAGGUUUAAGGUGAAAGGGGAAAGAUUUAAAGGGGCAAGCUUUUCACACAGAGGGUGGUGGGUAUGUGGAACAAGCUGCCAGAGGAAGUGGUUGAGGUGGGUACAAUUACAAUAUUUAAAGGACACUUGGACAGGUACAUGGAUAGGAAAGGUCUAGAGGGAUAUGGGCCAAAUGUGGGCAAAUGGGACUGGCUUAGAUGGCAUCUUGGUUAGCAUGGACCAGUUGGGCCAAAGGGCCUGUUUCUGUGCUGUGUGAGUCUAUGACUAUGAUUCAGAAAUAUAUCUCUGCUCUUUCAUUGUCACUGGGUCUAAAUCCUCGAACUCCCUCCCAAGUAGCACUGUGGGAGCACCUUCACCAGAAGGACCUCAAUGGUUCAAGAUGGCUCACCAACAGCUUAUCAAGGGCAAUUAGGGACUGGCAAUAAAAUCUGACCUUGCCAGCAACACCCACAUCCUGAGAAAUGAAUAAUAAACAGGGAGGAUAUUGAAUGACACAGAAGAAGACGGACCUUGGACAGUACAUACACUCUUCCUUAAAGGCCACAAGGUAACAAAAGGUGGUUUAACAGUACAUGGAGUGCUUUCCUUAGUUGGCUGAGGUACAGUACAAGGGCUAGGAGAUGAAGCUAGAACUGUGUACAGUAGUACUGGGGCACAGCCUGAGUACUGUAGUCUCCACAUUACUGGACAAUGCCAUUGUGCUGGAGAGGAUGAUUCAGGACUUGAUUAAUUAUAGCUAUGAGGAAAUUAGCUCGGAUUGCUUCUUUUGGAACAGACAGUACUGAGGGGAGACUGGACUGAGGGUGUAUAAAAUUAUGAGCACCCUGUUUAGAAUGUAUAGAAGAACCUUUCUCCCUGGCAGAGGAGUCAGAAACCAGGGAGCAUAACGUAGAGUAAUUGGUGGAAGGAUUAGAGGGCAGAAGAGGAAAUUUUUUGCUCCCAGAGGGUGGUCUCAGACUCUGCCUGAGAGGUGGGAGAGGCAGAGAUGCCUGGGUGUGGACUUGGAGCCAUGACCUGUACCAGAAGGCGGGAAUGAUCUUUCCUCAAUCAGCACAGAUACAGUGGAAUGAACCUUCUGUGACUUCCUGUGAGCCUCCACAGCCCCUGGGGCAGAGAAUUUCAAAGAUUCACAACCCAUUGAGUGAAAAUUCCUCCUCACCUCCAUCCCCAUGGCUGAUCUUGUUCUGAAACCCUGCUCUUGUUCUACCCUCUCCCUCAGAACAUUGUCAAUAAGAUCUACACCAUGCAUCCUGGGAAUCAAGCUGAUGAAUCUCCUGUGGACUGUCUACAGUGCAGUGGAGCCCACCAGAGAUCCCACCACUGUGUUGGGACGGCGCCAGGCCGGCCGUGCCCAGCGGGUCCCCUGCGAUGCCCCGGCCCCGGACGGAGAACAGACCGCGGCUGCGGUCCGGCUUGGGGUGACGCGCGCCCCAGGAGGUGGAGCGAGCAGUGGGGCGCGCGGCCGGAGCGGGAGCGCGCGCGCGUGCCCGCCUCCCCCCCGGCCGGGGAUGGCUGGCGGACCGGAGGAGCGGGCGGAGGGCGGGCGUGGUCCCGGCGGAAUAAGACAGAACAAGUGGCGCAAGCACCCGAUUUUUUUCAUCGCCAUCCUGUUGCUGGUUAGUGUGAUAGUGUUGGUGACCGUGGCUGUGAUACAGAGCAGACCACUGCAACGGAAACUGAAGUUCGGCGUUGUCCUGGAUGCCGGCUCCUCACACACGGCGCUCUACAUCUACCAGUGGCCGGCGGAGAAGAUGAACAACACCGGACUGGUGGAACAGCUCAAGUCCUGCAGCGUGAAGGGGCCUGGGAUUUCCAGUUACUGGACAAAUGUGGAGCAGGCUGGCCCCUCGCUCCGAGCCUGUCUGGAUGAGGCUAAGCAGAGCAUUCCUGAGGAGCAGCACAGCGAGACGCCGGUGUACCUGGGAGCCACAGCCGGCAUGCGUUUACUGAGGUUACAGAACAAAUCUCAGUCUGAGAAGCUCCUUCAGGCAGUGGAGAAAUUCAUCCACUCCUAUCCAUUUGAUUUCCAGGGAGCAAGGAUUAUAUCCGGAGCAGAUGAGGGAGCGUUUGGGUGGAUUACCAUCAACUAUUUGAUGGAGAACUUCCCCCAGGUAACUGCUGGAGGACCCCCUCACACCCUGGGAGCCUUGGACCUGGGCGGAGCCUCCACACAGAUCACUUUUGUUCCCAAUGGGGAGAUUGAGUCGCUAGAAAACUCCAUGCAUUUCCGCCUGUACGGGAGGAGUUACCACAUGUACACCCACAGCUACCUGUGCUUUGGAAAGGAUCAGGCCCUGAAGAUGCUGUUGCAGAAACUAACGGUUUUAGACAACGGAACUAUUUUCAGUCCUUGUUUUAACAAAGGAUUUGAGAAAUCCAUCAACGUGUCCACCUUCUACAAUAGUCCAUGCACACCUGACUCACCAACAAGGCAUGAGAUGGUGAAGCUCAUUGGCACUGGGAACUCUGAAGAAUGCAGAUCUCACGUCAGACGUCUCCUGAACCACAGCAGCUGCACCUGGAGCAGCUGCUCAUUUAAUGGGGUUUACCAGCCCCAGGUCUGGGGGAAAUUUGGGGCCUUCUCUGCAUUUUAUUAUGUGAUGAACUUCUAUAACAAGAAUGAAACGUUAGAAAAUGUGGAACAAGUGAAGGCAGCAGUGGGAAGGUUCUGCAACAUGUCCUGGCAGGAGGCGAAGAAAGUGUACAAGAUGAAAGAGAAAUACCUGAGUGAAAACUGUUUCUCUGGACACUAUGUCCUCGUUCUCCUCCUGGAAGGCUACAAUUUUACAUCCAGCAGCUGGAACACCAUAGAGUUUCUGAAAACGAUCAAGGGAUCAGACGCGGGCUGGACCCUGGGCUACAUGCUGAACCUUACCAACAUGAUUCCUGCCGAACUGCCUUAUACUGAGCCCUUGAGUGAGGCCUCAUUUUUGUCCGUCAUGGUCAUCUUCUCUGUCCUCGUCAUCAUUCUGAUGCUCAUUGCCCUGCUUGUAAUACGGAGGGUAUUUUGCAGGGUGGAGCAGAAGGUGUUGGAUUAGAAAUUGUGUGAAGUGGUUGAAUUUUAUCCGCUACCUGCGUCACCCGAGGUGCUGUACGUGAACAGAUUGUGUUUUUGUAAAAUUCUAAUCCAAUCUUCUCAACCUUCGACUUCUGACCAUGUACAGUGAUGUCAAUUCAUGACUGAUGCCUGUGCCGUUUGUCUUGUUUACAUUUCUGGUUAGAACCGAUUCUAACUGCAGGGUUAGUGCGGUGCAGGGUCACUGAAACUCCCUGUCUGGGCCACUGGUGGGGAUUGGUCAGGGCAGAAUCUUCCAGGGUGUGCCGAUCUUCCUGAAGGUCCAUUCCUAUUUUAUCCAGGAUCAUAGGUGUCCCUCUCCCUGUCCUCUGUUUCCUUGGGUCACUCCCUGCCUCCUCCGUUUCCUCCAUCUUCUAUCAGACCCAACUCUUCCACCCCAAGCUUCUCCUUGCCCAUCCACUAUUGGUUUCCUUCCCAGGACUGAUCUUCACAGCCCCUGCUACCCUUGGGUCUCCCCAACAUUACCCCUCUCCCCAAACUCCACCCAGAGUUCCUCUACAUUGAGGCCUCCUCAGCACAGACUCUGCCCAACCACCACUCCAUCCUCCUCUGACCCAUGGCCCAGUACAAACACAUUCCACUGUCCACAGUCUUCUCCUCUGGCAUUACCCCCUUCCCAUUAUCUUCCCUCCCUGAUCACAUUUUCUUCCCACUGCUCUCCCUGACCUCGCUCUUGGCUCCAGCAGGAGGUCCCGGUGAGGGUGUAGUGCUGGAAUUUUCUGGUCCUCAUUCGGUAGAAACCACUCCUCCAGUCCUGGCACCACACUCCCUCAGGAGUACAGGGCACCAAAUGCACUGAAGGGUUUCUGGUGUCAGCUCUCCCUGAUGAUGCAAUUCUCUCCACUGACAGGAUGAGUACACCUCCAGCAGGUCUCAGGAAACGCAGCACCACCUGGGACAAAGCAGCCCACUUCAGUGAUGUUCAUCUACCAUCCUAAACACUCCUUCCCUCCACCAGGGCUGUGAGAUGUACUGUAGUUACUUGCCAAGCAACACCUGCCAAACCCAUCACCAUGGGAACAUUAUCACCUCCAAAUCCAGUGCCAGGAGAAAUGUAUAGAUUUUCCUUAUCACCACUGGGUCUAAAUCCUGGAACUUGGUCCCCAACAGCACUGUGGGAGCAGCUUCACUGCAGGGACUGCAGUGGGUCAAGAAGCUCGCUCACCACAACGUUACCCAAGGGCUUCUAGAGAUGGCCAGUAAAUACUGGCCUCACAGUGAUGCCCACAAUUAACAUGUGGAUGUUCAGAGAGAACUUUUAGUAACUGAAAACUUGUUACUAUGGCUUUAAGCUUCCAUUCCAGGGAGAAGGCCCUGAUCUGUUGCUGCAAUACACAGCUGGUAUGAAAACCAAAACUCAGCAUAUCAAGAAUUUCUUCUGGAGAGAGAAAUGGGUUCAUGCUUCAUAUCAAUGACUUCCCAUCAGCUGAAGUGGACCAUCCUGCGAACUCCUCUCCCAGUGCUGUUCAAGCUUUGAUAUCUUUCCAGUGUGGAGCUCGUAUCAAACCCAAUGCCCUACCAAGGGUUUGGGGUAACUGCCUUGCUUAGUUCCCUAUUUACGGAACCAAAGGUAUCAUGCGCCAUUGACAACUAAUUGAUUCUGUUGUCCUCUGCGAGAGGCAUUCCAUGGAGGAAUUGCACUAGUUACCUCAGCUUCAGGAGGAACACGGCAUGGGAAACAAUGAAAUUCACUAUGAAUCUGAUGUGAACAUCGAAUCUGCUCAGCAUGAAUGAUCUGUGACUGGAGCUGCCUGUUUAGAUAUCCAGAGUGACACAGUCUGACCUGGAAAUGAUUACAGUUGUGUUACACCAUAACAGACGUGAAUUUUCAGGCAUUCUGCUGGUCGCUGUAAUAUCACACAUCCUAAUUUCCAGAACAAAUUGAGGGAGGUUGCAUCAAAAUGCAGCUUGUAGUAGAGAAAAUAAAAAGAGGCUGCUGAAAAUACUCAGCAAGUCAAGCAGCAUCUGUGGUGAGAGGAGCAGAACUGAAAGGCUAUGGAAAAGCAUUGACUCUGGCUCUGUUCCUCUCUCCACAGAUGCUGCCUAACUUGCUGAGUGUUUCCAGCAGCCCUUGUUUUUAUUUCAGGUUUCCAGCAUCUGCAAUUUUUUGCUGAUGGAGUCACAGGGUAAUACAGGCCCUUUGGCCCAACUGGCCCAUGCUGACCAAGUUGACUAUCCAUGCUAGUCCCAUUUGCCGGUGUUUGGCCCAAAUCCCUCAAAAAAAAUUUCUAUCCAUGCACCUAUCUUGUUGUUGAAUAUUGUAAUACCCACCUCUACAGCAUCCUCUGGCAGCUCAUUCCAUAUACCCAUCACUCUCAGUUUGAAAAAUAUACCACUCUCUGUGAGAAGUGUCCCCUUUAAAUCUUUCCCCUCUCAUCAUAAACCUGUGCCCUCUAGUUUCAGGCUCCCCUACCCUGGGAAAAAGACUGGCCAUCCAUCUUAUCAACACCGCUCAUGAUUUUAUAAACCUCUAUCAGACCCAGCUUAUCCAGCCUCUCCUUAUAGUUCAAGCCCUCCAGUCCUCUGAUCUUUUCUGCAUCUCCAGAACAGACUCUUUAAGGCAGCAAAGUACUACAGCAGAGUUUGUGGGGACCCACUGCCAGAACAGUGGAAACUCUCACAACUGACACAAAAUUCUUAAAUUCAUUACUGAUAAAUUGAAGAAUGUUUAGUAGUUGAGGCUAUGCUCUUACACAGAGCUCAGAUUUCAUCCUAUCCUCCAGUACGCUAGUCAAUUCUUGCUCACAGCACCAGCAUUAGCAGACGGAAAGCCAGUUUGUGGCAAAUGCCAUGUUGAACAGGUUGCCACUUUCCACAAUGACCUUCAGGGCAAAAUUGGAGAUCUUGUCGACCAACCGUGCUGAAACGUUUCCUAGAUGCUGUUGGAAUUUUGUAUUUUUAUUUUUGUGCCAAAUUUUGUUUAACAAUCCUUUUCAAUAAAAUGUUCCUGCAGAAAACAA